AUGGCCGCCGACAUCGGCUAUUGGCUGGUGACCAUCCCCGUCCGCGUCGUGCUCGGCGUCGUCCUCGCCGUCAUCAUCCUGGUCGUGAUCGUCGUCGUUGCCUUCAUCGUUUUCGUGUGCGCCACCAAUCUCAGUGCGUGGUGGCGAUCGCCGCGGAUGCGCCUCCUCAGGCUCGGCGGCGUCACCACCCUGAGGCGGAGGCUGGGCUACCCCUGCACCAUGUGCCGCGACACUAUGGAGGCCGGCGAGAAGGUCCGCACGCUCUCCUGCGACCACGUGUUCCACUGCGGCGGCACCGUCAAGUGCGGGCUCGGCAUCGACGCAUGGCUUCUCGCUGGGAAUGCCAUGUCCUGGCAGUCCUGCCCAAUCUGCCGCCAGGUUCCCCAUCCCGUGCUGCCGUGGAAGCGGCCACCGCCAUCGUCGCCAGCGCCGUCUUCGCCGCAGACGUCAGACUCGGACUCGGUGGAGGACUCGGAGGAGGAGGAGGAGUUGCUGUUCCCGUCGCACUGGUUCGACGAAACACUACCGGAGUAG